AAAAGGGCACCGAGCUUACCUACCGAAGGCCGGGACGGAAAAAAAACCGCAUCCGCGACACCUUCAUAGAUAUCAUCGCGUAUCAUAAAUGGCCGUUCGCAAGAACCCCACGCCACCAUGAGAAACCAUUGAAUACCAUUCGCUUCUGUCAGGUCUCCUCGUGGCCGGUCCAUCCAUUCUCCCCUCUUGCCACAAGAAGACGGCAGAAAAGGCUGCAUUCCAGGCUUUCCGCUGGAUCCCCUGUUCUUUUGGGCCUUUGGCGAUCAAAUUAAUGCCCUUCCCUCGGAGCCUUUUUUUGGAAACUCCUCUCUCUCGCUCCAAAGCAGCGGAAUUAUCAAAGCUCGCUCCCUCUCUCGCUCAUGAGAAGAAUAUAUGUAGAGAAAGGUUCUGGAAACAAGAACCAGCGGCGGAAAAGAAGGUGAGCGGAGCCCCGAGAAAACAAAAAGAAAAGCGAAGUCUUCUUCUUUGCUUAUAUUUCUUGCACUGCAGGAGAUCGAGGGAAAAAGAUGAUGCAAGCUGCUGCGAUCGCUGGCAAAGGAAGCAUUCUUGCUGCCUCUGAGCUCCACAUUCAUCACAGGAGAGGCUUGGCCGGUCUCGGUGCGUUCUGGGGAGGGAGUUCGGGACCGAAUAAUGUGUGGAUCCCGAAGGGUGGAUACUGCUGCGGAAGCUUGCCUUUCGGUUCUUCGCUGAAUCCAGGAGGGGAGAUGGCGCCGUUGAGGACAGGGGUGGAAGGGAUCUUCAGGUCCAGAGGGAAACCUCGAUGGGUCAGGGUCCAAGCUUCUUCUGGUGAUCUGGAGGAUGCUCCUGAAAAACUACAAGCAAAAUCUUCUGGGACUGUCUUGCCAUAUGUUGGUGUUGCUUGCUUGGGGGCCAUUUUGUUUGGAUAUCAUCUUGGCGUGGUGAAUGGAGCACUUGAAUAUCUAUCCAGGGAUCUUGGAAUUACUGAAAAUGCUGUACUACAAGGAUGGGUGGUUAGCUCGUUACUUGCAGGUGCUACAGUUGGUUCUUUUGCUGGAGGAGCAUUGGCUGACAAAUUUGGUCGAACACGAACUUUCCAACUAGAUGCAAUUCCACUUGUAGUUGGUGCAUUUCUCAGUGCUACAUCCCAGAGUGUACGGACAAUGCUAAUUGGCAGGUUACUUGCUGGAAUUGGAAUUGGAAUCUCUUCUGCCAUUGUGCCACUAUACAUAUCUGAGAUAUCACCAACUGAAAUUCGUGGAGCACUUGGAUCUGUUAAUCAACUUUUCAUUUGCAUUGGAAUUCUCGCUGCUUUGGUGGCUGGAUUGCCUUUGGCAGGAAAUCCUUUAUGGUGGAGGACAAUGUUCGGUAUUGCAAUUGUUCCCUCUGUCCUGAUGGCAUUGGGGAUGGCUAUUUCUCCAGAAAGUCCUCGCUGGCUUUUUCAGCAAGGAAAACUUUCUCAAGCAGAGACAGCUAUAAGGAAACUCUUUGGAAAGGAAAAAGUUGCUGAAGUUAUGAAGGAUCUAAAAGCAGGUGGCCAAGGUUCCACAGAAUCUGAUGCCAGUUGGUUUGAUCUCUUCAGCAAACGCUACAGGACAGUUGUAAGUGUAGGGGCGGCAUUAUUCUUGUUUCAGCAGCUGGCUGGUAUAAAUGCUGUUGUAUAUUAUUCUACAUCUGUGUUCCGGAGUGCGGGAAUUGCUUCUGAUGUUGCAGCAAGUGCUCUUGUUGGGGCAUCAAAUGUCUUUGGUACUGCCAUCGCAUCUUCUUUGAUGGACAGGCAAGGAAGGAAAAGCCUCCUAAUCACAAGCUUCACUGGAAUGGCUGCUUCAAUGUUGCUCCUUUCAUUAUCUUUCUCUUGGAAGGUUCUGGCACCUUAUUCACGAAUCCUUGCAGUGUUGGGCACAGUCCUAUAUGUGCUGUCCUUUUCACUGGGUGCUGGCCCUGUACCAGCCCUUCUACUUCCUGAGAUAUUUGCUUCCAGAAUCAGAGCCAAAGCAGUUGCACUAUCUCUGGGCAUGCACUGGAUUUCCAAUUUUGUCAUUGGACUUUACUUUUUGAGCGUCGUGAGCAAGUUUGGAAUCAGCAGGGUCUACCUGGGAUUCGCAGCAGUCUGCUCUCUUGCAGUUCUGUAUAUAUCUGGCAAUGUGGUGGAGACAAAGGGCCGAUCACUGGAAGAAAUUGAGCGUGCCCUCACCCCUGCAAGUUGAUCUGUUUAAGGCAACUGGAGCAUUUUGCAGGUCAGGAGGGCGAGAACAUGGAAUUUAAUAUGCUCUUCUUCUUCGGUCCCCUGGAAAUAAUGAAAGGAAAAGUUUUAGACUUCUAAGAGGCUUUGUUGGCAUUUCCAAGAUGGUGUGCACGAGUUAAAUAAAAUUAAUGAGAUGAAGUGCGAAGACUACGUAGUUUCAAAACAGCGUUGUCUUUUUUUUUUGGUGGAUAUUUUACUUAAUUUGAUAGAAAAUCAAGAUACCAUGGUUUGUAGUUCUAGUAAGCAUCAUUUUGUAGGAUUGCGAGCUGCUUAGGUUAUGGAAACUUUCAUACUUGAGAAGAUGUCCGCAUCCGCAUCAAUGUGCGGAUUGUUCUCACACUAGGAUGGCAGUCUCUCUCUCUUAUAAUGUUAUAGCGUCAUCUUGGUUGCAAAGAAGCAGCAAUUAAUAUAAUUUUAAGAGUAGUUAUUUAAAUUAAA